UUAUGCUGUAAUCUCAAAUAUCAGAAUGUUUCAGACAUUAAAAGUAUUUAUCUCAUGAUUUGAAUAGUUUCAGGUUAAGUUAAAUUCUUAGUUAGGCAUUGUGUACAACGACAAUUAACGUAACUACUUAUUCUCGAAUUGAUUCACGGAUUGCACUGCUAUUCUAAACACUAGGCGUCUAAACGUCGUUGUAGUUCCACUAGUACACACGCACGUUUACUUCUAACAUGCUGGUCUCGUGUAGGUUGGUUCAGUAGAAUUUUUUUUUCGUAAGGUCAUUAAGUGUUAACGUUAGAGACAUAUCUGAUGAGCUGUUCUCUUUUAUAUUUGACAAAAGAUAUUGUUUCUUGUAAACUUACCCGACUUCUUACUUUUCGUAUUGGAAUAAGAGAGUCACUUUCAAGUUGAACUUAUAAAUCAGCGCAAAGCCACACAAUGGACUGCCUGCAGACAGGUCUGUACAUUGAGGAAUAACACUGGAUUUUAGCGUCGUAGGUCCGUUAACUUACCGCUGAUCACAAGCAAUUCGGUCGACGAAAAAAAAAAUGAAUAUCCAAGGGAUUCUGGUGUCCUUCUGUGGCUUUCUCAUUCAAUUCACCACUGGUCACUUGUUAACAUUCAUCAACAUGAACACAUAUAUCACCUCGUAUCUUCGUGAAAGAAUAGAUAAAAGUGUCCACUACAGUACAUCUACCUGGAUUAAUGCUGCUACCAUUCUUGGUCGAGGACUUUUUAUGCCUGUAGGGGGACGACUUGGUGACCGACUGGGACCGCGGUGGGCGUGCCUUAUAGGAAGUGUUCUGUUUAGCGGAUCCACCAUUCUAACCAUGUUUGCCAUCAAGAGAGGUUUUGUGGCAACAGUAAUAACUUAUGGCUUAGUUCCAGGCAUCGGUAUGGGUCUAGCUUUUGCUCCCUCUCUAAUGACAGGAAUGAAGUGGUUUACUAAGAAGAAAGGCCUUGUGGUUGGAAUAUCAUCUGCAGGGUUUGGACUUGCCCCAUUAAUUCUGAACCCAAUCCAAACCGAGUUCAUUAAUCCUCUGAAUUUGCCUCCAGAUGAAUAUGGGUACUUUACAGAUCCAGAUCUAUUAGACCAAGUUAUCCUUACUUUCCCACUUUUAGGAGGUAUUUACUUAGCAUUGCAACUGAUUGGCUGUAUUUUCCUGGUUAACCCUCCCAUUAAGAAAAAUUCUGACAUUAACAUUGAGAAAGGUGGUGAAAAGUUGAAAGAUGAUGUAAAGGAAGAAGAUAGAAGUGAGAAGUUGAAAGAUGAUGUAAAGGAAGAAGAUAGAAGUGAGAAGUUGAAAGAUGAUGUAAAGGAAGAAGAUAGAAGUGAGAAGUUGAAAGAUGAUGUAAAGGAAGAAGAUAGAAGUGAGAAGUUGAAGGAUGAUGUAAAUGAAGAAGAUGCAAGAGAUGAACUUGAAAACAAGGAAACCAAAGUCAUAGAAGAGGAUAAUUUUACAGUGAUGUCAAUGCUUAAAACUAAAGAGUUUUAUAUUCUUACAUUCACUAUGGCUUUAUCUUACCAGACUAUCCUCUUCAUGAUAGCCAUGACUAAGGCAUAUGGACAGACCUAUAUUAAGGAUGAUUUUUUUUUAUCGGUGGUGACAGCCUUAACCGGUGUUACUAAUAGUGUGAGCCAACCUCUGUGGGGAUUUCUUUUGGACAAAACUACCUACAAGGAUUGUAUGGCCACUGUAAAUGCUCUUCUAACUGCAUUUAUGUUAACCUUCUAUGCUACACCAUAUGGCUACAAGACAAUGUUUACAGUGUGGGUUUUAGCAAUUGAGUUUGUUAUGUCAUCAGUCUUCGUAUUGAUUCCUGCAGCAUGUGCCCAGGUAUAUGGGGCAAAGCAUUCUGGGACCUCAGUAGGUUUUGUUUUCAUUUUUCCGGUGAGUACACAAAAAAGUAUUGUGUAUGGUUACAUAGUUUUUUUUCUAAAUAUAAGAAUGUUGUUAAGGAAAAUACUGUUAUGAUAUAAUUUAACACAAUGUUUAGAGACAACAAGGGACUU